CCCCACACAGGACAGGGCCCCUGCACACAGUCCAGUUAUCACAGGCACCUGGACAGGGUCCCAGCUCACAGCCCAGUGUGAGGUCACAAGUCCACAGGCAGGGUCCCACUCAUUUCCUGGUCAUGAUGUCCCAGGUCCCUGGGCAGGGCCCCUCCUCACUUCCUGGUGUGAUGUCACAGGCCUGACAUUCCAUGUAUCCUGGAGACAGUGGUUGGAGAAGUGGAAGACUUUUAGGGAAGACCUUUCUCUUUGCCAUAGGGACCAUGGAGGCACGUGGAGUGGCCGGGACCUUCUUUACCCUCCUGCUGUGCUGCUGGCCAGAAGUGAGGCUCUGGCCAGUAAGGAUGGCCUCAGAUCCAAAAGCUGAACUGGCACCACCUUUUAAGAUUCUGGAUGACGACAUGGCCACAGUGUUUGACGAGAUUCUUGUCCAGGAGAUGCUGGAACCCAACAGAUCAUCCAUGCUCGAAAUGCAGAGACCACCAGCAAUGACGGUUCCAAAAAGUACUCAGGAAGAAGCAACCGUCUUCAAAGAGAAAAACCACUUGGACAUCCCCAAGAAGCAGCAAGAGAAACAGUUGUCCCUCGGGAGCCCCAGCACAAUAUCCUUUGACGAUGAGGAGAAAGAAACGCUGUAUCAGAUUAAAAGCCUGGCUGCCCUGGAGAAGAUUAUCAGCAGCCUACGGAGGGCCAUCGGAAGCAGCCUGCAGAAGAGGAAGCGGCUGCAGCAGAGCAUGCUGAGAGCAUACUACAGGCACCGACGGGGCAUGCCCUGAGGCCAGGGCACCCAGGACCCAGUUGCCCGCCCGCCCUUGGGGACGAAAGCCGCUCUGGCAAGCAUGCCAGCCCUCGCUGCGCGCAGAAAACCGCUCCGCACUCAAGCAGUGCCAAAUAAAGUUGACAUUUCAGUAUU